GAAAAACGCAACGCCUCGGGGAAGUUUUAGACACAUAUAAGGGCCGCGGGACACGCGUGGCGCUUUGUCAUCACGAGCAUCACCAUCAAAGACAACAGAGUUCCGCAAUCAACAAAUUGCAUCAUUUUGAUCAAUGCCGACACAGAGCAGCCGGAUCACGCGCCGGGCGGUCGUCGUGGCGCUUCUCGCAGCAACGGCGGCGACGGCCGCCGUCUUCCUUAUCAAGCAGGAUGCUCGGGGCGCCUCGGCGGCCGCGGCGGGCGUAACGGACGCGAUCGUCGGCGGCGAGGACGCGCCGAACGACAAGUUCCCCUGGAUGGUCAGUCUCCAGACCGCCGACGACGAGUCGGACGACGACCCGGUGGGCCACUUCUGUGGUGGAACGUUGAUACGACCUGACACAGUCCUUACGGCCGCGCACUGCUUCGGCGACGACACGUCGACGAGUGCCCUGGCGACGAAUCCGCUGAUGAUAUUCCGAUGAACGCGGCCGACGAGUGAAUGAAGAAAGGCCCGCCACUAAGCAGC